AUGGCAACUAAGAUUAAAGGUACCGGAGACAUGUCAUGGAGUAAACUCCUAACAGUGAAACGAACAAAUCGCCACCAGUUCAUGACGCUUUUGAUUGGGAUGAGUUUCUUGGCGGAUCGGGAGAAUAAAGUUUUAGUGUGUCCCACUAGAUAUGAGAAAUCUAGUAACUGCUUACACAUUGUGGGAGAGGAUAAAUACUUAAAAGUGGACCAUCAAGAUGUAGGAUCUAAAAGCUCAAAUCCUGUCAGGUAUGCUCCAAUUUUGGUUCAAAUCCAACAAGGUUCUUUGGGGACAGGCACAUGGAAAGCACCAAUAACGUAA